AUGGCCCCAGAUUCCAAAGUCCCUGAUGUUCUGCUGAAAGUCCUGGAAAACCUGAACUCUGAAGAUGUGGUGAAGUUCCAGACACACCUGGUCCAGGGCGUGAGGGACGACUCUCCUGCUGUGUCCAAGUCCACGCUGGACCACGCCGUGGUGAAGGUGACGGUGGGUCAGAUGGUGCAGGUCUACGGAGAGAAAGAUGCUGUGGAGAUUUGUGAGAUCAUUCUGAAGAUGAUGAACCAGAACCUUCUGGCCCAAAGCUUGUCUGGAAUUAAAGGAUACUUCAGCCCAGAAGUUCCAUAUGAGCAGGUUCUGCUUGAAGGACUGAAGAACCAAAUACUCAUCACCAUCCGUGGACAGAUCAAACACAAUGCUGAGAGAUUCCACAUCAACCUCUGGAAAGACGGCGACAUCGCCUUCCACUUCAACCCUCGCUUCAAUGAGGAAGGGAAGCAGGUGGUUGUGAGGAACACCAGGAUUGGAGAUACGUGGGGAACCGAGGAAAGGGAACUUCCAUUCUUCCCUUUCACACCUGGAAAACCUUUUGAGAUCAAGAUUUUGUGCACCAGCUCUGAAUACAGUGUGGACGUUGACAACAAUCACUUGCUGACAUACAGACACCGCAUUACGGACCUCGCUCAGAUAAGAAAACUGUCCAUCCAUGAUGUUUUCCUGAAGUCUGUCCACAUAGAUCCAGAGCCUCUCUGGAUGUCUCCAGUGUGUACGCGCUGGUUGGAUGACGUAAUCUACGAGAACAUGUCCCUCACCAUCCAUGGACACGUCAAGCCGAACGCUAAAGUGUUCACAAUCGAUCUGAUGAAAGACAAUGAUAUAGUCUUCCGUUUUCAACCCUGUUUUGGGAACGAUGGGCGUCACAUGAUUAAAAGAAACAGUUUGAUUGGCUGUGAGUGGGGUGCUGAGGAAGCAGAUACUCUUCACUUCCCGUUUGCUCAGGGAAAACCUUUUGUGGUGAAGAUCGUUUGCACUAACGAAGAGUUCAAAGUGGAUGUUAACGGUUCCCACCUGCUGGACUUCAAAUGUCGACAGCCUGACAUCACCAAGAUAAACAAGGUCACAAUCUUGCAGGAUGUCAUUGCUGCGUCCGUCAGGGUGGAGCCAUGACUUUUAUUUUGGCGCCGAACAGCCGACACUUUUCUGCAUUUCUGGAUUCCGUCUGUUUAUUCAUCACUAAUUAAAC